AUGCGUCCAAUCUUAUUAAAAGGUCAUUCGCGGUCUUUGACCAUGAUUAAAUACAAUCGGGAAGGUGAUCUUCUCUUUUCUUGUGCAAAGGAUCAUACACCGAAUCUCUGGUACAGUGAUACAGGGGAACGUCUUGGCACUUAUGUAGGUCAUUCGGGAGCUGUCUGGGCCUGUGACGUGAGUUAUCACUCGGAAAAACUAUUAACAGCUGCAGCUGAUGCAAGUGUCAAGCUUUGGGAUGUCCAAACAGGCGACGAGCUCUUUUCAUUUCCUCAUACGGGCCCAGCCCGUAGUGUGAACUUUAGUACGGGUGACAAACAGUUUGUGUCUGUAGCUGACAAGUUUUCAGACCGACCGGCAGCUGUCUUUGUCUACGAGCUAGCAGACAAUAUCGCCAAUCAAAGUGCAGAACCUAUCCUGACCAUUACGAACCAUGGCCAUGAUGGUCGUAUCACUGGUGCCUACUGGAUGCCACUUAACAAGGCCAUUUUAACGACAGGUGGAGACGGAAGCAUGAAAUUGUUUGAUCCAACGACGGGAGAAUUGAUUUCUAGUCAUGAUAUUCAUACGGGAGAGAUCACGAAUGUGGCAUUUAACAAGUCCAAGACAUUGGCGAUUACGUCGUCCAAGGACAAUACGGCCAAACUAUUGGACGUUGAGACUUUGAAGGUGCUUAAGGUCUACGAAACGGACCGUCCUGUGAAUUCAGCAGCCAUUUCCCCCAUUAAGGAACAUGUUGUGCUUGGUGGUGGACAGGAAGCCAUGAGUGUGACUACAACAUCGGGUCGUGUCGGCAAGUUUGAGGCACGUUUCUUCCACAUGGUUUUUCAGGAAGAAUUUGGACGUGUUAAAGGACAUUUUGGACCGAUCAAUACGAUUGCUUUCCAUCCAAAUGGAAAGAGUUAUGCGUCUGGAGCAGAGGACGGAUAUGUGCGACUCCACCACUUUGAUAACGACUACCUCAAGCUCGAUGCCAACAAGUAA